AUGCUAAGAAGGCUACAAUUGGCGCAAACGAGGCGCUACCUAGGAACAGUGGUGAGAAAGGCUCCAAGUGUAAGAAGCACGGUUGGCGUGACGACUUCAGGAACCCCUUCUGGGUCGACAAACACCUCUUCUGAUAACAAUGCGUGGCUUAACAACAGUUCUGAGACAAUUUUGAGUAAGAAAAAAUUGCUCGGGGAAACUUUAGGGGGUUUCACGCUCGAAACCAAUUCACCGGUAUCGUAUACUUCUGUUUCAUCUAGUGACGUCGAUUGGUCUGUUUCUUUUAGAGGAUUGGGAUCGAGUCCAUUUGAGGAAAAGGUACAAGCAGAGCUUAGUAAACCUUUAUCGUCAGAUGAUAUUGAAGUCAAACCUGAUGGGUUGGUUUACCUACCAGAGAUCAAGUACCGGAGAAUUUUAAAUAAGGCUUUCGGUGCUGGUGGCUGGGGCCUAGUGCCACGAUCAGAUACAAUCGUAACUGCGAAACUGGUGACACGUGAAUACGCUUUGAUUUGCCAUGGACAGCUUGUUAGCAUAUCGCGAGGCGAGCAGGACUACUUCAAUGAAUCAGGUAUACCAACGGCUACUGAAGGAUGCAAAAGCAACGCAUUAAUGAGAUGCUGCAAGGAUCUGGGAAUAGGCUCAGAAUUGUGGGAUCCAGUGUUUAUCAAAGAGUUUAAGAAAGCAAAUUGCGUCGAGAAAUUUGUAGAGCAUGUCACUACUAAAAAAAAGAAGAAAAUAUGGCUCAAAAAGGGGAGAGAGGUUGAAUAUCCUUAUAAAUAA